UUGUCGGAUAGUCGUUACUUUUAGUUGCUGAAGUCUUACAAAUCGCACUGAAAAUGGCUCCUGUUUUCGCAUACUGGGAUUACAGAUCGAUUGCUCAACCUAUUCGUCUGUUAAUACACUAUGUUGGAAUGGAGUUUGAAGAAAAGAGAUUCAGCGGUGGUAGUGUCGCCUCAGAUUACAGCAGAGAAUGCUGGGAAAAAGAAAAGUUUACCCUGGGACUUGACUUUCCAAAUCUUCCUUAUUACAUUGAUGGUGACAUAAAGAUAACUCAAAGUGGUGCUAUUCUUCGUCACAUUGCAAGGAAGAACAAACUUUGUGGAGAGACAGAGAAAGAGAAAAUCCUAGUAGACGUGAUGGAAAAUCAAGUGGUAGAUUUCCGCAGAGGGUUCUUUAUGCUGUGCUACAACAAGGAAAGCUUUGAURAAGAAAAACCAAAAUAUCUCCAAAAUGUUGUUCCAAAGAUCAAAGCAUUAGCAGACUUCCUCGGUGAAAAGAAGUUUAUUGUUGGAGACAAGAUUACGUUUGUGGAUUUUAUGAUGUACGAAGCUCUUGAUCAUCAUAYGGUGCUUGAUGCUUCUCUAUUAGAGCCCCACGCCAAUCUCAAGGCAUACCUUGAGCGGAUUGAGGCAUUGCCUGCUAUUUCUGCUUACAUGAAGAGUGACAAGUUCAUUACCAGUCCCAUCAACGGUCGAUCUGCCAGAUUAGGACAUGACGGCGAUUGAAUAACGCACCGAUUUUAAGGACAUGCCAAUCAUAGAAGCCCCGAGCGCUAACUAAUGUGAACCAAAUAUUAAUGUUUCGUAAUCGCAAUUAAAAGCUUUUUCCAUUUUA